UGUGAGAGAGAGAGAGAGAGAGAGAGAGAGAGAGAAAUAAAGGUAGCGAUGGUGUCGUACAUGAGCUUGUUGAUCUACGGCGUCGGCGGAAUAGCGGUGGCCGGACUCGCAUUGUUGGUCGCCUUUCAAGAAAAGUUAGUUUACGUCCCUGUCUUGCCUGGUCUCACCAAGUCCUAUCCAAUCACACCCGCUCGCCUCCGCCUCAUUUUUGAAGACGUAUGGCUUACUUCUUCCGAUGGUGUGCGCCUACACUCCUGGUUCAUCAAGUUCUCUCCCAAUUCCACAGGCCCAACUAUUCUCUUUUUUCAAGAAAAUGCUGGAAAUAUUGCACAUCGUCUUGAGAUGGUGCGCAUUAUGUUACAAAAGUUGCAUUGCAAUGUUUUCAUGCUUUCAUACAGAGGUUAUGGUGCUAGUGAUGGUUAUCCUUCUCAACAAGGAAUCACCAGGGACGCUCAGGCCGCUCUAGAUCAUCUCAGUCAGAGAACAGAUAUCGACACUUCUCAAAUAGUAGUCUUCGGAAGGUCUCUUGGUGGGGCAGUUGGUGCUGUCGUUACCAAAAAUAAUCCAGAUAAGGUGGCAGCAUUGAUAUUGGAGAACACUUUUACUUCAAUUCUAGACAUGGCUGGAGUCUUACUACCGUUUUUGAAGUGGUUUAUAGGAGGAAGCAUCUCUAGUGGCCCCAAGAUUCUUAAUUUCAUUGUUCGUUCUCCCUGGAGCACCAUCGAUGUAGUUGGACAGAUUAAACAGCCCAUCCUUUUCCUCUCUGGACUACGAGAUGAGAUGGUUCCUCCAUUUCAAAUGCAGAUGCUAUAUGCAAAAGCAGCCGCCCAUAACAAAAGAUGUACCUUUGUGGAUUUCCCUACUGGCAUGCAUAUGGACACAUGGCUGGCUGGUGGUGAUCAUUAUUGGAAAUCCGUCCGAACUUUUAUACAGCAAAACGUGUUAGAAAAGGACGAUGGAUCUCAGCACAAGGGAACUGAUUCUGAAUCGAGUGAUUGGAUGGGAUAAAGAGGGUACUUCUUCUUGUUGUUGUUGUCUUGUUUCUUGACAAUUGCAGUGACCAAAAAAAGCUGUUUGUGAUUGUGAGUCAAGAUCUGUCAUUGCCAUGCGUCUCAGUUGCAGAUGGUUCUUCAUUCAGAAGUGUUAUUGCCCAGAUGUUGCUGAUAUGCUAUUGCUAUGCCGUAUGAUGCUGAAAUCGGCUGAAUUUUUUGACAACAAAAGGGUCCAAAUUUAUUCACAAAUCUGUAGUUGUUUGCAAAUAUGCCUUUCUAUGAUUUAUAUCAAGUGACACUUGUUUGGAAGCUGUCUUUUGAGAAAGGCAGUGGUGUGCCUUUGCA